UAAGGCUGAGUAUUAAAAACUCACAUUGAGCCUCAUGUGCAUUUCACUCAUCCUGUCCUCAAACAUUUCUCUCCGAGCCUGUUCGACUGGAACAUGUCGGCUGUUAACAUGAACGUCUCGGGGAUCCACCAUGGGACGCUCAGGAUGUAUGGUGGAUUUAUUUUCAAACAGUGGAAGAAGAGGUUUCUGCUCCUAACAGCUGAGGGCAGUCUCCUUGUGUGCCAUGAUGUAUCAUCUCCCCCUGACCAGCUGGUGCUGUUGCAGAGCAGUUGUGAGGCAAUUGUGGAAGGCAAGGAUAUCCUUGACCUGCCUAAGUUACCCUCCGGUGGAUGCAGGGAUUGCUGCUUCGCUCUGAUUCUCCCCCAGGAUAAAUUCCUGCUGUUGCUGACCGAAACCGCUACAGACUGCAGUCAAUGGCUGAAUGUGCUGAGAAAAGUGAAAAAGAGUCUCUCAUCACCUCUCAGUCCUUGUAUGCGACAUCAUGGGCCACGCAUUACUCUUCAAGACCUGGUGCCCGAGCAAAUCCUGGACAAAGAUGCACCAACUCCACCCGCCAGCGACACAGAGGCACCCUCCCCGGGGCCUCUGACUUGUGGUUCCCCAAGGGAGAAAGGCAGGAUUUCUCCCCAUACAAAGUCUUACAAAGGAGGUGCACAUUCAGUAGGGUGUCUGCGUCAUGGCACUAUUAGUAAUGCCCAAGCAGUGCGGGCGGUUUAUCUGCUGAUGGGAGGGGCUGCUGCUUCCUCUGCUAUGGGUUACCUAGGUGCAUGCUCGCUCUCUAAUCUGGAAGCCAAAGCUCCUGACUUGCCACUCAACACGGAUUUCUCUGGUAUGGGACCAGCAGGAGCAUACCACACCGGUGGCCCCGCACUUGACUCCCCUCACUAUAACAGUUUUGACUUUGAAGUGGCAGACUCUGAUUUUGAUGCUUUUGAUUGUGGUGGAUUUACUUUCUAAUGAUGUGCAGGAGGAGGCUAUGCAUACGGACAGCUUUCAUGAAACUCACUUGAUAUUUCAUCAUAAUUUGUCAAAAUGACACAACUAUAUGAAGGCCUCUAAUUAAAGCUUUUCAUGCUUUUAUAGGGAAUAGGGUAAAUAACUGCAAUAAGGGAUUGGCCAACAGAAACAAGAGUGAACACACUACUGACAUAUCACCUUAGCCAACUUACACUUACACAGUUCAAAAUAGUAAAGUAGUACAAGUAAAAGUACAUAAGUAUUAUCAAGAAUAUGUAUAAAAGAAAAGUUUGGCUGUGUAGUUUUAACAUUAUUAUAUAUUAUACUAAAGGUCCAGUGUGUAGGAUUUAGUGUCAUCUAACAAUGUAGUUGCAGAUUGCCAGUGUUUGGGUUGUCUGUUCAAGGCUACUGUAACAAACAUGGCGGUUCAACAUGGCGGCCUCCGUGGAAAGCAACCCGCUCCCUCUGUAGAUAAAAACGUCUAAUUUUACGGUAACAAAAACACAACAAAUUUUUACUUUAAGGGCAUUAUAAACUAAUGAAAACACACAAACAAACAUGAAUAUUGUAUUCCAUUUCUGCCAAUAGGUCAUCCAAAAUGUUACACACUGGACCUUUUCAACUGCAUGAUACGACUUGGCUCGACUCUACUCACUCUUUUUUGGUUUUCCAUUGUGGAUAAUACCUACUACCACCUUGGUUGGGAUUCCAGGCGAGCUGAGACAAUACUAAAACGUGAAAGGAAAAGACUGCAGACCAAUGACUGGUCAGAGUAGUGUAGUGAGUAUGCGGUUGAGUAAAAGAGAGAGCGAGCAGCAGAGAAUGACGGCGAAUGUGAGCGGUGCAGAGGAAAAGGAGAGCAGUGAAGUUGUCAGUCUCAAUAAUUUAGAGAGCUGAGUUUUGGUUAAAGUUUGUGAGUGAAUAAAGGCUGCAGCUUCUCAACACCAAACUAAAGCUCCUGUAUGUUGUUUCACAACUGCUGGAGAAGUGUUGCCAUGACACUCAGCUCCACCUCCUGAGGGAGAUUUCUGGCUCUUUAGCUGCGUAAUGCUCCAGAUGCUCACCAGUCACUGACUUUGUCUGCCUAAUGUUUGGUGCUGAGCAGCGAGUGUAGCUACUAAACACAUUAAUCUGUUACUCCAGUUAAACUUCCUCUAUUAUAUUUCACUGACUUUAAACCAACUCCCCGCCCACAUAUAUAUAUAUUUUUAAUUAUAAGUUUAAGUUAAGUCAGGCAAAGUAAAAAAGUUGUUACCAUGUUGUUGUAUUAUAUGCUAUAACACCUGUGUUGUGAUAUGAACACUGUGAUAAUUAUUGCUAUAACAAUUUUGUGCAUAUUGCCCAACCCUUGUAUAUACACCAUUUGUCACGAUAAUGACAUCAUCAACUCUAUCAUUGAUUGUGAGUGUGAUAAGAGUUUCUGAGAAUGCAUAAUAUGCUAUGUAUGUACGUGUGUAUGAACUGAAUGUGUAAAAAACCAUGCUAUGGGUACUGAUGGGAGAUUCGCAACUUGACUCACUUGUGUUCCAAUUCUACAUAUUGUUGUAGGAGUAUUGUGCUUAUUUUAUAACGUUCAAUGGAUUAAAAUAGAUCUGCAUCAGAUUUUUCAUUUAGUUUACAACAAGUUACAACCUCUGGCUGUGGACUAAUAAACCUACUAUAAGGCUCUUCCAAAUCUCAGCACCAUCCACUUUUGUGCAUGUACUGUGUUUCUUUCAAAGAUCCAACUGUUACUGUGUGCUUUAUAUCUAUGUUAGGUUAAAAGCAAAAUUUGUUGGUCUAUUUGAGCCAAUUUCACUUAUUUGAAUAAAACUGACUGACUGGGAA